AUCAGUCGACAAGUUUUCAGAGUGCGAGGUAAACAAUAACACGCCGAAAUGAAUCUGAUAAGAGAAAAGUUUUAAAUUUAUUUUUAUUUAUUUUCCUCCCUACAUUCACAAUUGUGCUUGUAUUUUUAAAAUUAAAUGUGUCCAAGUGAAGGAAAAAAUUAACUUCAUUCAUAUAACUAUGCAGGGUAUUUAUGUUUAAUCUUUAGUUUUCCUGUGUAGUAUUGAUUUCUGUGGCAAGUAUGACUUUUCGGGAUAAAUUCAAAUAUUACAAACAGAAGAAUCCCAAGCCUGGAUUUGAGGAGGUUCUGGAUUUUUCCCAGCUGGAGAGUAAUGUCAAGGGCAUUUCAAGCAGAACAAGUGUAUGCGAACCUACUGAUGAAGAUUUAUCAUCUCUCGGUUUACAAGAAGUCAAUCAGUGGCGCAUUUUUGAGCUAAUUGACAAACCAGGUCUGAUAUUUAUCCGCAACCCUUUCACAGCAGCAGGUCAAAGAUUAUGGGCAGAAAGGAGUUUAACAGAGUAUACGAAGAGACCAAGCAAACUUAACCUUGACGCACAUGGAGAUUUGGAACCUAAUGAAGACUGGUGGACAGUUUGUUGCAGGGACUCAGACAGAAGUGCAGUUUUGCAGAGGAAACUCAGAUGGGCAACCCUUGGAUAUCACCACAACUGGGACACAAAAAAAUAUUCGGAGAGUAAUCGUUCGAAAUUCCCGGAUGAUCUGGCGCGACUCAGCCGAGUGGUCAUUCGAACGGUGCUGGGCCUCGACGAAUUCGUCGCCGAAGCAGCCAUCCUCAACUAUUACCAUAUGGAUUCCACUCUCUCCGGUCAUGUGGACAGCUCGGAGACAAAUUUGGAGGCCCCAUUAAUAUCCUUCAGUUUUGGUCAAAGCGCCGUCUUCCUGAUAGGUGGAACUUCCCUCGAAGAUACGCCAACACCUAUGUUCAUCCACAGCGGCGAUAUAGUCAUAAUGUCUGGAUUUAGCCGGCUUUGUUACCACGGAGUGCCUAGAAUUGUACCCGCCCCACGCACGCCGUGGGACGAAAAUCGAACUUCUAGUGCGUGUUCAGAAAGUUCAGUAAACUCUCAAGACAAAUUAGCAAAUAUCUGUGAUAGCUGGUCAACAAUCAGUGAUUAUAUCAAAACAUCUAGGAUUAAUUUGAAUGUUCGGCAGGUGUCAAACUGCUCGGAAACUCUCUUAAAGGAGGCUUGAACAAGAUCUCGUUUUGUUAAAUUGACAAUGACAAAUAAAUUAUUUUUUUGUUGUGUAAGAAA